CGACCCCAUACAUGUGAACAUUGUGGCAGAUCGUAUUCUGAGAAGCGCAAUUUGCAAGGACACAUCAAUUCUGUUCAUUUAAAUCAGCGACCUCACGUAUGCAAAUACUGUGAGAGAACCUUUGCUCUGUUGGUUAAGCUCCGGGAACACGAAAAGUCUGUUCACUUGAAUAAACAACGCUGCACGUGUGAACACUGUGGCAGAUCGUUUUCUGCGAAACGUACUUUACAAACACACCUCAUAUCUGCUCAUUCGACACAGCGCCCCUUUACAUGCGAACGGUGUGGUAAAUCGUUUUCAGCGAAAUGUUAUAUGCGAAAACAUCUCAAAUCUGUUCAUUCAAAGGUUGGACACUCAGCUUCGAAUGAUAACCCGGUUGCACAAGUAGAAUUGAAGCAGGAGAGAAAAGUACAAGUUUCCUCAUAAUGUGGCGUUGACCUUCAAUAUAUGCGGCGUGAUUGGAACGCUGUUGGUCAGUGCUAUGGUCUCCCAGUGUGAAUGGACCCGGGAGGCAAUGCGACGUUUACGUACAUGUGGCUCUUUGCAGACACGGAGAGUAAUUGACCUCACAGCUCGCUUCGAAAUCACCUUCUGUAUUUCAUGUCCACCGCAAAUUUUUGCUAGCACUUUAAUUACGUGCGUACUUUUGUAUAUAAUUUUAACCUUUAUGUACCAUUAAA